AUGUCAAUGCAUCUUGACUCUCCAUUGCGAUGUUCUCACUUGUCUCUUUCGCUGCAUCUCAACUCUUUCACUGAUUUGGAGUCAACCCUUAUGGCUUCAGGCUACAACAACAACAACAACGAUAGCUAUGAUACCACCAUGCAGUUGUCGUCACCUAACAACAAUCCUGCAUUAAUCUCGCCUUGCUAUUUGGGUUGUUCAAUCGAUCAAACACAAAACGAUCAAGGGGACGAGGAGGAGGAGGAAGAGGAUCGAGGAAAGAAAAUGAUACCAGCUUCUAUCCAGGACUCAUUACAAGGAGUGAUGGACGUGGCUAUAAAGCUUGCAGUGUCGCAUUGGUGUUGCAUCGCGUUCAAAGUGGCUCCUGUAUCAUUAAAUGACAUUCAAUGUUGGCAAGAUCACACGCUCUCUAUCCGUUACUGCAUUGCAGCCAUCAGCUUGAUAUCUCUUUCAUCCCAUCAUCAAGAAAACAAGAAACGGCGUCGAGAUGCUGCCAUUGUUUUAUAUCAACGAGCACGUUAUGCGGUGGAUGAUGCAGGACUUUAUUCAAUGGACAACAUCUCAACAACAACAACAGCAACAAUUGAUCCAAUGAUGAUCCAAGCCUACUUUUGUCUUUCAUACACGAGUAAUCUUUUGGGAUUCUAUGAGCAUCAGCGUACCUGGGCAGGUUUAGCAGCGACAUCUCUGAUACAAUCACGACCAAUGAUCGGUGAGAAUCGGGCACUAUUGCAAUGUUGGUACCGUUGGUACUACGUGGAUGCAUGGGUUUCCUUGACUUCCGGUCGACACCGCUUAUUACCAGAUGAGUUGCCAUCCCCACCACCAUUCCAAGACAACGACCAACACGAUGAUUUACGGCCUUUUGCAGUACUUGCACAUUACAUGAGACGAUUAAAAAGCAGGAAUGAUAUCAAGACGCAACGGCUACUCAAUGACUUGGAUCAAUGGUGGCACAACUUGAGCAGUGACCGUAACACAACACUGAAAAAUAGCGACCCGCAUCUACACCUUUGCUUUUAUGCCAUGCGACUUGUUGUUUUAUUCCAAUUAUUGAUGCGUCGCGAUACACAACAAUGCGUUCCAAGAACUUUGCUUGUAGAAUGCUUGUACACCAACCUGCAACUUUUAUCCGGAUUACAGCAUCUACGUGAUACUGGAUGCGACCACAGCACUUAUCACAGCCUUUUCCUUGCUAUUCAUAACACUGCACGUGAUGUCUUCCUUCACACAUUAACGUCCAACAGCACCAUGAAAUCGAGUUGUCGGGAGCAGCAACAAGAUCAGAAAAGAUUACAUCACGUGGCUAUUGAUCAGCUCAAAAUCAAUAUCGAGCUCAUGGAAAGCACUGCAGCCUAUGUCAACGAUGUUUAUUGUCUACGUCAAUAUGCAGCUCAAUGUCGUCGUGAUGCAAUUUGCUUGGGGAUCUCCAUGAGUGAAAAGAAACGACAUCAUGAAUCAUUAUACCAGGAACAAAGCCGUCAAGUAGGCACUGUCUUAUUUCGAUUGCCCAAAUCAGCAUCAUCAUCCACAGCUGCAACUUCUCAACAUCAUCCUGCUGGUAGCACAAUUUGUUAUGAUGGCAUCCAUCUUUCUGCAUUGUAG